GUUUCUUGUAUUUUUGCCACAUUAAUCUUUAUUGUGUGCUUAACUGGCGAUAACCCAAGUUCCAGCAUGUUUGACCCCAUUAUCUGAGCAAUUAGCAGUUAUUUAACUGGGGCCACGCGGGACCAGUAGUUAUUGUGCUUCGGACAGGACUCGAACUCGCUACCGCCGAAAUGAAGAUUAAAAUUACUGACCCCAUCUUCCUUGAAGACCCCUCCUUGCUACUACGUCCAGAGGCGGUAUACGACGGCAAACCUGUGAACGCCUUUAGAAACUACGAUGAAGAUGAGAAUGAUCCCAUUAAGAUGCGCGUGCGCAGAACUUACUACGAAAUGCACUCUAAUAUGACAGUCGACUUCGUCAGAGAAAAAAUGCACAAAUGGCUGCAGUUCAGCCACUUCAAGGCUACGGUCAAGGACGCUUUAAUCAAGCUGAAUGACUUGGUAGACGAGUCCGACCCCGACAUCGACCUGCCCAACAUCAUCCAUGCCUUCCAGACCGCCGAGAGGAUCCGCGAGGACCACCCUGAUGAGGAUUGGUUCCAGCUUAUUGGAUUAAUACACGACUUGGGCAAGGUGAUGGCGUUCUACGGCGAGCCACAAUGGUGCGUGGUGGGUGACACCUUCGCGCUGGGCUGCCGCUGGGGCCGCAGCAUCGUCUACGGAGACGACAGCUUCAAGGCCAACCCCGACACAUACAACCCCAAAUACAACACAAAAUACGGCAUGUACGAGCCCAACUGUGGGCUUGAGAACCUGCUGAUGUCGUGGGGGCACGACGAGUACUUGUACCGUAUACUGGUGCACAACAAAGCGAAGUUCCCCAAGAAAGGACUGUUUAUGAUCAGAUACCACUCGUUCUACCCGUGGCACGCGGGCGGAGACUACAAACACUUGCUGAAAGAUGGCGACCAGGAGAUAUUGGAUGCCGUACUCGAAUUCAACAAAUACGACCUCUACACGAAGAGCGCUGCCAUACCGGACGUGGAAACUCUGUGGCCGUACUACGAGUCACUCAUCGAUAAGUACAUCCCUGGAGAGCUAGAAUUUUAAAAUGACCCCCUCUAAAAACCUUUUUCUACUGACAGGCUAUUUAUUUCGCGUUUUAAGAACUAUUUACGAUUAGAUAUUUGCGGCUGGGACGCGUUUUCAUGUUGCAUAUUUAUAUGCAGCUAUUAAUUAACCCUUGUGACUACCAUAUUUUAGAUUUUAUUUUGGAUAAAAUAAGUUUCGAUAAUUUCUCUAUGCUGCUCUAAGGGUUAAAUUAUACGACUAAAUUGUUACCUACUGCUGGCGGAAAACAUUAAUUAUAAGGACUAAAUAAGUACAAAAUACUCUUACUUGUAAAUAAAUUUAAGUUAAUAUAAAUAAAUUAUUAUAUU